AUGGAGGCGGCGGGUGGAGGAGAAGGGCCAGCUGUGAGGGAGCAGGAUAGGUUUCUGCCGAUCGCGAAUGUGAUACGGAUAAUGCGUAGGGUACUGCCCGCGCACGCGAAGAUCGCCGACGACGCUAAGGAGACCAUCCAGGAGUGCCUAUCGGAGUACAUCAGCUUCGUGACAAGUGAGGCCAACGAAAGGUGUAAGCAAGAACAACGCAAGAUUAUCACCGCCGAAGAUCUCCUUUGGGCUAUGAGUCAGCUCGGGUUCGACGACUACCUCCAGCCUCUCACCCUCUAUCUCCAGCGUUACCGUGAGGCUGAGGGAGGCUCCAUCCAUAGGGACGCCCUUCUGACGCCGCUAAAGCGAGCAGCGUCUGACGCCGGCCUGUUCAGCUACCCAACACCGCCUCCACAGCCACCAGCAUACCAACACCAUCAGAACCUCCCGUUUUUCUACCAACCCCACCCCCCUGCUCAUCCCCCUCCUGCUGCAUUCUUCCCUACCUCCGGCGGACAAAGUGGCAGCGCCGUCACGCCAGGAGAAGAAGAGACGAUGCCGGGGAGAAGCGACGAAGCGGAGUCAUCGCAGGCGAGAGCUUACCAAGGACCUCCGAAGGAUGGGUUCCAGCCCUUUGCCCCUUACAAGUGA